GGAGAAGAUGGCAGCGGAGGAGGCCGCGGAGGCCUUUCUGGCGCUGCCGUCUGCGCGACGGAACGAAGAUGCUGAGGAGAACCGCGAAGGCGGCGGCGAGACCGCAGCGCUGAAUGGUGUGGUUGGCUCUGGAAAAGUGAAAAGCAACAACCUGGAUGUGAAAGUUGAGGAGUCAGAAUUGGAAACUGAAGAAAAAAGAACAGAGGAAGAAUCCACAAGGGAAUCUAAUAGCAACGUUUUGGUUGUAUCAUCUGAUUAUCCAAGAGAGAAACAUAUUUCAAUUCAAAGACAUCUUGCUGAUCUAGAGAAACUAGCUGACCUUAAAGAUGAAAAGAAGACUUGUCCAUUGUGUCCUGAGGAGAAAUUCAAAGCUUGCUAUAGCCAUAAACUCCAUCGUCACCUGCAGAAUUUACACUGGAAAGUUUCUGUUGAAUUUGAAGGGCACAGGAUGUGCAUCUGCCACUUACCUUGUCGUCCAGUGAAACCAAACCUUGUUGGAGACCAGGCAUUUUUAAAGAUGGGAGCUCAUUACCACUGCAUCAUCUGCUCAGCAACUAUCACAAGGAGAACUGACAUGAUAGGGCACAUCAAUCGUCAUGUGAACAAAGGAGAAACUGAAUCCAGGUUUAUUACAGUUCCUGCUCCCAAGUCUUCUCAUGAAGUGCUGAAAGAGUUGGCCACAGAUGUGCAGGUUCUUCCCAACUACACCACACCACAGAAAACAGACUCCUAUUUUAAUCCUAAAAUGAAACUCAACAGGCAAUUAAUUUUCUGUGCACUGGCUGUUCUGGCUGAGGAACGUAAACCAAUAGAAUGUCUGGAUGCUUUUGGUGCCACUGGUAUAAUGGGAUUACAAUGGGCAAAGCAUCUCAGAAGUUCUGUGAAAGUUACAAUUAAUGAUUGUAAUGAAAAUUCUGUGACAAUGAUUCAGGAAAACUGCCUUUUAAACAAGAUGAAGGUGAAACUGAACACUAAGGAAGAAGACAGUGAUGAAGCUAUGGGAGAUGGUGAAGAAAACAGUGGCACCAUUGAGGUGACAAAAAUGGAUGCCAAUGUUAUCAUGCAUUUGAGAUCAUUUGAUUUUAUCCAUUUGGACCCCUUUGGAACUUCUGUGAAUUAUCUGGAUUCUGCCUUCAGAAAUGUGAGAAAUUUUGGGAUUGUCUCCUUGACAUCCACAGACCUCAGCUCUCUGUAUGCAAAGGCUCAGCACGUCGCCCUGCGCCACUAUGGGUGCAAUAUUGUCAGGACAGAGUACUACAAGGAACUGGCAGCCAGAAUAGUAAUUGCUGCUGUGACAAGAGCUGCAGCUCGUUGUAACAAAGGCAUUGAAGUUUUACUGGCAGUAGCUCUAGAACACUUUGUUCUAGUAGUGGUCAGAGUUCUGAGGGGACCAUCUCCUGCAGAUGAUUCAGCAAAGAAAAUAAGAUACCUCAUCCACUGCCAAUGGUGUGAAGAGAGAAUUUUUCAGAAAGAGGGAAACAUGGUUGAAGAAAACCCUUAUCAGCAGCUGCCCUGUGAUUGCCAUGGCAGCAUGCCUGGGAAGACAGCAGUGGUUCUUGGUCCUCUCUGGUCAGGAAGCCUCUUCAACACAGGGUUCCUCAGAAGAAUGCUGUUUGAGGCUGUCCAGUAUGGUCUGGAUGAAGUGCAGCCACUUUUGAAGACAUUAAUAUGUGAAGCAGAGUGCACAACUUCAAAGCAUUUUUCUACCCAUAAUCCUUGUGAUGAGAACAAACAAGGAAAAAGGAGAAGUGAGGAAGUGAUUCGGAACAGUGCCAAGCGACAGAAAACCGAGAGCAGCGCCGAGCACCCUGCGUUUUACUACAACAUCCACAGACACAGUAUUAAAGGGAUGAACAUGCCAAAGCUAAAUAAAUUCUUAAACUACCUCUCUGAAGCUGGAUACAGAGUAAGUAGAACCCACUUUGAGCCCAUGGGAGUUCGCACAAACGCACCCUUGGCACAGUUUAAGACUAUUCUUAUGAAGUACAGCAUUCCAACCUAUGCAGGGGGGCAGGCAGAAGGGCCUGUCCAUCUAACUGAAGAUCUCCAGGCAGGAGAAGAGUCAGUUCAAGCUGAUGCAGAAGAUGCUGAAUUUCUGGAAGAUGCUAAAUCUGGCAUUACUGCUGCCAUGCUUGCAAAAAACUGCCCUGCUCACUGUGUGGCUGAUUAAUGCAGAUGGGUUUGUUCAGAGAUCAGGAUAUCAGAUUUCCAAGUGCACCUGGUUCAAGUAAGCCAGUACUUAUUAUCAAACUGCAUUUUAAAAACUUCAGUUGCCCCCUGUUUAAUUGAAAGUAUGUUUUAGAGACAAGGAACUCUUAUCAAAUUAGAUUUUUAAAAUUCCAGUUGCCCACUGUUUCAAUUUGAAAUGAUGUUUUAGGAUUCUUUAGCAGAACUUAGCCCUGAUCACAGGGUGUGUGGUCAAGGUACUGUGAGAAGAUCUCCAAGGCAGUUACUUUUAUGCUCACAUUCACUUUCACACUGAGGCAAUGUGGCUGCUCCCAAGUCUGGGUUAAAUCCCAGAAUCUGGGAGGGUGGAUAGGGCCAGUACACUUGAACAAUUGCUGAGCAUGAGGUUAAUGUGAAAUGAAAUAGUCCUAAAAUAAGUAAUUCCUAGAACCUGACUGGUUACAGAUCAGAGGGGCAUCAUGUUAAGAUUAUGAGGUGUCUGGAUAAAAUGUGAUCUCACUUCAGGCAAGCCAGAGAGUCCUGCAUUGGUGCACUUCUGACUCCAGAGUGCACAUCAUUUGGCAUUUAGUUCUGUUUCAUAGUUCUGCCUAUGAGCAGUAACACGAGUACAGAAAGGAAUGGUCUUACAACUGUUACUGGAAGUUGAGGUGAUAACCACCCACUUUAGGUGAACUGUGUUAGUUCCCCCAGGUGGCUGUUCAGAGAUGACACUUGGUUUGCAAAAAAGCAAAGAAAAAUUAAUUUGCAGAAACACACAGUGACAAGACACCACAAGAUGAAGUUCUAGGUGAAGUUUUGCUUUGAAUUUGUCAGUAAUACAAUCUUAGCUGUUAUAAAGAUCUCUUCUGUGAAAGAGCAAAGAUGCUGUGUGUUGGUGGUCUGUUCUGGUUUCCUUAAAUACAUGGCAGCAUUCCAACCAAGUCACCUUGGCUUGGUCUGUUCUUUCCCCCAGGCUUUGUUCAGGUACCUCCUGUUUCACCUGAAUAGGGAACAGCUGCCACAGUUGGACUGUGGGUGUCAGUCUGUGACAGGUUUGGUGAUCAGCCUGACAAGUUAAUCACAGGAGGAGUGGUUAUUAUUUAUGCUUCUCUGAAACAUCAUGAUUAAGGGUGUUGCUUCUCCUUGAGUGCCAACCAAGAGUAUUGUAACUGAUAGACUCCUGAUGAUGGAAAACUCUUAGCAGGCCAGAAUUAAGCUACUGCCUCUUAAACUGUUUGAAAUUCAGGAUUGUUUUGGUAAUGAGUUAUUUGCAUUCUGUCCUAAUUUUUAAAAAAAAGGAGGCAACUAAAGGGCUAAUACAGCAGUGAGACAGCAACAAAUACAAGUUUCCUCAAAAACUUAGUGCUUAGUUCUUUUCCAAAGAUAACUUAGGAUCAAACUGGAAAGAUAAAUGCAAGGAGAAAUAGAAGCUCAGAACUAGGGAGCAUGUAAGGAUUUAUUUUUCUUAAGUGGAAAGACUGUUGGGAGGGUUUGCUUGCAGAUAACACACUGCAUUAACUUAAAUGAGAUAGAACCAGUCAUGAGCAGUUAACUGGAGCAAAAGAAUAUUCUAGUUAUAAUAAAGUAGGCUAAAAAAUCAGUUUUAACUAAAGCCUGUUGUGGGAAGUAUUUUUAUUACUUUUACAGUUUCUCCUAUGUUACAGCAGGUAUUAUGCAUCUUUUCUAAGAAACUAUUCCUUGGUGUUGGCAGCUGUGAACACAGAGGGGCAGGAGAAAUUGAGUUUCAGACAAGGAAUUUGGCCUGUUGUGAAUGACCAGCAGAAGAGUUGUUUGUAACUCAGGCCUGUGAGAAUUCUCUUUCUGAUCAGUGGUUGUUAAUUAGGUAGGGUCAGUUCUGACUAAUGAGUUAACAGAACACUACUUUUGGUGCAGUUCUUCUCUGUGUUCUUUCUUCAUACUGUUGGAAGGUGUGAGUGGUUGCAUUGCCCUUGUGCUGUGUGGAAACAGGGUUUGGGAAGCAGAGUAACCUGCUGGGCUGUGCCUCAAAACACAUCACCAGCACAGUAGUGCAGAGGGAUCUGUGCACUGCAGCAUGAGGCAAAGCUGUGUUCAUUGACCUGGGUUAUCCAUAGCAUCCCAGUUGGGUAUUACUGCAAUAAAUAGUGGCAGAUAAAUUAGGAUAAUGCAGGUGUUGGUGGCAACCUUACUGCUAAUUCUCUUUACAUUCUUGGAGCUGGACUGGGUUAUACCACCAGGCCUGGGCUGGUUCUUGUUUUAUGGCUACUCUGCCAGGCAAUCCAUGCCACUGCUGCUACUGACAGACCUUCAACAUGCAGCAAGUCCUUGAUCUGACAAAGAUCUUGCUGCAAGUGGCUUGUGCUGAACAGAAGCUCAGAACUGAUUAACUGCUGGACCCAGGCUGGGCACAGAGUGGCAGAAAGGGACCUUGGAGUUUGGAUUGACAGGAAGCUGAACAUGAGCCAGCAGUGUGCCCAGGUGGCCAAGAAGGCCAAUGGCAUCCUGGGCUGGAUCAGGAACAGCGUGGCCAGCAGGUCCAGGGAAGGGAUUCUGCCCCUGUGCUCAGCCCUGGGGAGGCCACAGCUUGAGUCCUGUGUCCAGUUCUGGGCCCCUCAGCUCAGGAAGGAGAUUGAGGUGCUGGAGCAGGUCCAGAGAAGAGCAAGGAGGCUGUGAAGGGAUCUAGCACAGAUCCUAUGAGGAGAGGCUGAGGGAGCUGGGGGUGUUGAGGCUGGAGAAGAGGAGGCUCAGGGGAGACCUCAUCACUCUCUCCAACUCCCUGAAAGGAGGUUGGAGCCAGGGGGGGGUUGGGCUCUUUUCCCAGGCAACUCUCAGCAAGACAAGAGGGCAGGGUCUCAAGUUGUGCCAGGGGAGGUUUAGGUUGGAGAUUAGAAAGAAUUUCUUUCUGGAGAGGGUGAUCAGGCAUUGGAAUGGGCUGCCCAGGGAAGUAGUGGAUUCUCCGUGUCUGGAGAUAUUUCAAAAGAGCCUGGAUGUGGCACUGAGUGCCAUGGGCUGGGAACUGCAGCAGGAGUGGAUCAAGGGUUGGACUUGAUGAUCUCUGAGGUCCCUUCCAACCCAGCCAAUUCUAUGAUUCUAUGAAAUGAAUGUUAGGUUAUCAGCUGAUCAGUAUGCUGGAGGACAAACACUAGAGGAUGAUGGAAAAUAAAGUUUUAUGUGAUCAUCUAGGUACCAGUAGAGGUUGUACAGUGGCAUCUUACAGCUUUCUAGCUGAGGGACAUGUCUGUCCACCACUGCAUACAGCAGACAGUAGCUGCCCAUGAGCUCUCUGGGUGUUUGCUGUUUAGCUUUGACUGAGGGAAGCUUUAAGGGGAGUCAGAGCUGUUCAGAGAAAGCUCUGAAAUCCAGUCAGCAGCACAAGCAGCACAAGCACUGGCAGAAAGGAGCCUCCUGCUGCAACCAGAGGGAGCAACACCUCAGUGCCCCUCAAGGAAUCUCACUUUUCAUCUACACCAGAAUUCCUUCUUCAAUUAACAUGCAUCCUUCUGGGUAAAAGUUGUAUUGACUGCAGAGAAAAAACAAGGAAAGGAACAGAACUUGACUUUUUUUAAUAGUGUACCUCAAGCCAAGUGAUCAGUUGCAGUUGUUGCACUGUUUUCUGUUGAAGCUGAUUAAUACACAACCUCUGCAUUCCUCAUUCAUGCCCCUUCCACUAGACAGUCACAAACUUGGCAGCACUAACAAAAGCCAUUCAAAGCAUUACCUUUAUGAAUUAUAUGGCAUUCCAAUUGGUUGUUGGUAAAGUUUUUUUGCUUUUAUUGUCAAUUUGAACUUCAGUGUGACUUCAGUUGGAUACUAGAGCCAUUAGGCUGACCCAUACCUAAAACCACAUUACAUACUUCAAAAAUAGCCUGGCUUUAAAUGGUGGAAGAGUAAAGUAAAUAAAAUAGUUUUUAGCACUAAAGAAUCACAGUGCAAUCAAUGGUUUAAUCAAACAACUACAUUAUAUAUAUGUAUAUAAUAUUUUAAGAACAUAAAUACCCAGUAAAUUCACUACAACAUGAAAAGCUUCACAUUCUCCCAGACUUUUUAAAGAACUUGGGACACAUUGACAGACUGCAUAGCUUCACACACACCUCUCUUGCUGAAGGGGUUGUUACCUUAGCUAUCACAAUGGGAAGAUUGCUGCAAUUAAUCUAGAAGUUUCCCCAGGAAUUUUAAAUCAUUUCUCAUCACCCUUUCCUCACCCCCUAGAUUAUAUUUAGUGGACAUGCACUACUCAUCUGUACAAUGCAGUGUUUCACCAGAAAGUCAUGAGAAAUUACUUUCUUUAAAAACUCUUCCCUCUGUGCUCUGGGAACUGUUUCAUGU